UCUCACUUCCUUCUCAAUAUUUUCCAAUUUUUGUUCUUCUUUUCCCUUUUCACUUAUCAGAUUAGAGAUAGAAACAAAACUGCCUGCUUUUCGUUUUACGAUUUUUCCUUCUCUCUAGUGUUUGUUUGAUAAAUUUUUGUUUGGUUUUUUGUUUUUUUUUUGGUGGGAUUUGGAAUUUUGGAUAGUGGGUUUUGAUUCCGAUGUCAAGUGGAAAAUAGUUUUUUUUUUUUUUUAAUUUCGGUUUCUUUUGAUUUGUCUGGAUAAAUAUCUAGGUUUCGAUUUGGUAGUAGAAAGGCCAAGCAAUAUCUAGGUUUCCGUUUGGUGGUAGAUAGAAAGGCCAAGCAGUUUCAGAUUGGGUUUUUCCCUGGUAAUAGAAACAACUUAUACCCUGAGAAUUUGCCACAGAAUUCUUGUUGGUAAUAUCGAGAAAGGGAUAAAUUCAGGCCUUUUGGUCAGUUUGCUCAGAGAGAGCUGAUCUUUAAUUAUGCGAACUUCGUGGGCGGAUUCGGUCUCAAAUUCAGCAGCUGAGAAUGUAACAGCUGCUGCCACCAACAAUGGCCCAGCCAGCAGUGCCUCUUCGCGACCGUCACGAUCUUCUUACGUUCCUCCUCACCUUCGUAACCGACCCCCAUCAGCCGAGCCCCUUGCCCCUACACCCAAAGAAAACCUAGCCUCCACGAACCGAUCUGCUUACCCAGGCCCACCACCCUCCCAGCCCCGUUGGGGUAGCCGCGAGCCAGCCAGGCCUGGCUCUGGGCCAUCUCGAGGUGGUUGGGGCAACCGAACUGGUGGUUGGGAUCGAGGUAGGGAGAGAGAGGUUAACCCUUUUGAGAAUGAUGAACCAGCUGAGGAAGCCUUUGGUGAACAAGAGAAUACUGGUAUCAAUUUCGAUGCCUAUGAGGACAUUCCUGUGGAAACAAGUGGUGAUAAUGUGCCGCCUCCUGUGAAUACUUUCGCCGAGAUUGAUUUGGGGGAUGCUUUGAAUGAGAACAUAAGGCGGUGUAAGUAUGUGAAACCAACACCGGUACAGCGACACGCGAUUCCGAUAUCGCUGGGAGGGAGGGAUUUGAUGGCAUGCGCACAGACUGGGUCAGGGAAGACAGCAGCGUUUUGCUUCCCCAUAAUUAGCGGGAUUAUGAAGGGGCAGUAUGCACAGAGGCCUAGGGGGGCACGCACUGUGUACCCCCUCGCACUGAUUCUUUCUCCUACAAGGGAGCUUUCUUGUCAGAUACACGAUGAAGCGAAAAAGUUCUCCUAUCAAACGGGUGUUAGAGUUGUAGUUGCAUAUGGAGGAGCACCAAUAAAUCAACAGCUUCGAGAAUUGGAAAGGGGUGUUGAUAUUCUUGUUGCGACACCUGGGCGUUUGGUGGAUUUGCUGGAGAGAGCAAGAGUUUCAUUGCAAAUGGUGAAGUAUUUGGCUCUUGAUGAGGCUGAUCGAAUGCUUGAUAUGGGUUUUGAGCCUCAGAUACGGAAGAUAGUUGAACAAAUGGACAUGCCUCCACGAGGAAUGAGGCAGACAAUGUUAUUCAGUGCUACCUUUCCUAAGGAAAUACAGAGAUUGGCUUCGGAUUUCCUUUCAAAUUAUAUUUUCCUAGCUGUUGGGAGGGUUGGUUCUAGCACUGACCUGAUUGUUCAACGAGUUGAAUAUGUUUUGGAAUCAGACAAGAGAAGCCACCUUAUGGAUCUUCUUCAUGCUCAAAGAGCAAAUGGAACUCAUGGCAAGCAAGCUUUGACUUUAGUCUUUGUGGAGACAAAGAAAGGAGCCGAUUCAUUGGAGCACUGGUUAUGUAUGAAUGGGUUUCCUGCAACUACUAUUCAUGGUGAUAGAUCACAGCAGGAGAGAGAACAAGCACUAAGGUCCUUCAAAAGUGGAACAACCCCAAUCUUGGUGGCAACUGAUGUGGCAGCACGAGGCCUCGACAUUCCCCAUGUGGCCCAUGUUGUGAACUUCGACCUGCCUAAUGACAUUGAUGACUAUGUCCACCGUAUUGGCCGCACGGGUCGUGCAGGCAAGAUGGGUCUUGCCACUGCCUUCUUCAAUGACAACAAUGCCUCCUUAGCACGUUCUCUCUCCGAGCUCAUGCAAGAGGCCAACCAAGAGGUGCCCUCUUGGCUUGCACGUUAUGCUGCUAGGUCAUCCUAUGGUGGCGGAGGGGGCCGAAACAGGCGGACUGGUGGUGGUAGGUUUGGUGGGCGUGACUUUCGAAGAGAUGGCCCUUCACGUGGUGGUAGUGAUUACUAUGGUGGUGGUGGUGGUGGCAAUAGUAGUGGUAUGGGUGGUGGGUAUGGACCAUCUUCUGGUUAUGGUGGUGGCGGUUAUGGAUCAGGCGUUACCAGUGCUUGGGACUAACUUCCUCCAUUCUAUCUCUUUUGCAAACUUUUUUCUUUUUGAUUUUGACAGAGAUGUGCUCUCACCUUAUAGGAUGAGUAUUUUUUUCCUUCUUUCUUUUUGUGUGGUGGAUUAUAUAUAUAAUACAUGGGAAUUGUAGGUUUUGUAGCUCCACCAUCUAGUCUGGGUGGUGGUGGUGUUCUAACAUAGCAUAUUGUAGGGAUUUUGAGGUUGUAUUUUUGGUGGGUGGGUGGGUGUAGAAUAUGGUGUGAGGAAGGGGUUAUGUAUCUUUCAUCUCAGACUGUAUUCUUAACCAGAUAUCAGGGAUGGAUUCCCAAGAGGUUGCUGAGAAGGAGAGUCCUUUCUUUGUCUUUGUAAAAUUUUUGUUGAUGGGAAAUAAGUUCCCAGCACCUUUGAGGAGUUACCCUUUCCUUGACGGUAAUAAUGCAUUGUGUUUGGCUUCUUGUCUUAGUAAAGCAGUAAAAGUCUAUCACUGA